AUGGCAUCAGACGGAAAUCUUGUAGUUGAUAAAGAGAAUAAUACCGUAUUUUCAUCGAAAGAAGACAAAGAACUUUCAACAAAUACUCCACCUCAUUCCCCAAAACAGUCCAAAGACCGGCGUCGUUUUGCUGAUAUGUUUAAUAAAGAGAAAAAAGUUACGGCAAAUAGUAAUACUCGUCGUAUAACAACGCGUAGUGAAGUAGCUGAAGAGAAACGGAAGAAAAAUCGUCGUAGACAACGACGACGUCGUAGUAAUCCAAGAACAAAACUACGAAAAAGACGUUCUCUCAAUUUAAGUGAAUAUGAUGAUAAAGAUGAGGCGAAACUUAAACAAAAAAAUCGUCUUAGUUUAAAUAUUACUGAUUUGCUUUACAAUCAAACGCCAUCAGCAUUUCCUUCUUCACCUAAAACUAAACGAUCAAUUAGUCAACCACAAUUACUUAAUAUACACAUUGUUGCAAAAGAAGAAAUUGUUAAUCCACAAACUCCAUUAACUCCGAUUGAUUAUUAUGGUCAAGAAUCCUACCAAAAUCCCAAUAAUCAGUUUGAAGAGGAGUACCACGCGAAUGAUGGACAAACAAAACAGCGUCGUAUCUCCAAUGGUACGACUGGCUCGACUGCGUCGUCUACUUCAUCCACUGCCACCGCUUCAAUUGUUGAAACACCAUCGACUCCUGAAUCUCCAAUCUCUAAUGAAUCUAACGAGCAAAAAAAUUUGACUGAAAAUAUCGACGUGUUAGAAGAUGAAAGAAAGUCGCCUCGUUGGCACAAGGAUUGGAAACAAGGCGUGGGAAUAUUGGAUGUAAUCGAAGAUACUGAACCUAUUUCCGAGGAAGCUAAUAAUGGAGAGCAACAAGACAAAAGCGAAGCUAAUGCUGGUGAAUCAAAAUUCACUGAAAAUUCUAGUGCAAACGAUGAUAUUGUCGAAGAUGUUGAUAUAGAGAAGUCUCAAGAAUUUGAAACGAAUAACAACUCUUUGUCGAAUACCACAACACAACAACUCGAAACUAAACUCCCUCGACAAUCAGAACAAACAAGUCUCUCUACCAUGGAAACGGUAAUAAUUCGACAAUUGGAAUUGUCCGAAAGAAUGGAAAAGACAAUGAAUCGUCUUGAAUCAAAAGUUAAUGAACAACGGGAGGAAAUGAAUGGCAUGAAUACAAUCCGUAUGCAAGAAACUAUUCAACGUCUUGAAACGAAGGUAGAUGCUCAACGAAAUGAAUUGGAUGAAUUACGACAGUUUAUUGGAGAUUUGCGUAAAAAUCAAAAAUUACUUUUAUCCAAAGAAGCAUUUAUUCAUUAUCAGCAACUUCCGCCAAAUACAAUUGAAUUCACAACCUCAGAAACUGGUAAAGAUGACGCUGCCGCGUUGACGUUAACAACAGACCAAGAGACAGCCACAUCUUUUACACUGGUAAAAACGUUAGUCGUCAAUCCAUUGUAUAAAACAGUCGGAAUUGCAAGCAGCGUAUUCCAUACAUUAUACAUUCAACCGGUUGUUGUAUUUGCUCGAAUUGUUAAACAAACUGUUAUUUAA